GAUGUCCCGUCCCACCCCAUUAUCGCUCCCUUUCGAGCAAAAUCGACUGAAAUAAUCAAAACGAAACAACAAGACAGUCUAAGAGACGCAGCCGUAUUGUAAUCUAACAUGCUGGUUCCUUUGCAUGUACAUUGCAACAUAUUUGAAGACUAAAAGCAUGCAGCGCAAAUGGACAGAAUCGUAUGUACUCGCUUUUUUACUUACACUUUCUCUUCCACCUGCGUCAGAUGGUUCUCACUCUUUGUGGUUGCUUUCAACUUACCUUCAGGGAAAAACACAGUUUCCUGAAUUUAGUUACACAACAUCUUUGGAUGACAUCACAGUUGGAUACUAUAAUUCAACAACAUAUAUUCCAAGAGGGAAUACGACUAAUGAGGAUGAUGUGAUUGAUUCAGAUUACAUAAAGGUAAUAAGUGGCUACAUGUAUGACUCCUUUUUGAGAAGAUCUGCACUGUUAAGGCAAGACAGCCAAAAUGACAGUCUUGAUGUUUAUCAGACACUAGUUUUCUGUGAGCUGCUGGACCUCGACAAGCCUGGACAGAUGAUUAUCAAAGAUUCUGCUAGAGGCUCCACUACAGAUGAGCUGCAUUACUUUAACAACACGUUUACUUAUACUGUGACUGUAAAUAUUAAACAAGAACUGAUCAAACCGCACCUGGAAGUAUUUAAGCAGGAAUUUGCACAUACCUUUCACCCAGUUUGCAUAAAAACUCUCAAGAAUUACCUUAAAAAGAGAGAAGAUCAAAUAAAUAGAAAAACAGCACCAAAUAUCAGAUUUAUUCAGAAAGCAAACUCAGAUUCUGGAGGGUCUCGUGUGAGUUGUUUGGCGACAGGAUUUUACCCUCGUCACAUCAACCUGACCCUGUUCAGAGAUGGACAGCCUGUAUCUGAUCAUGAGAUCACUGGAGGAGAUCUGCUGCCCAAUGGUGACGGGACGUACCAGAUGAGGAAGAGUCUGGAGAUCAGUGCAGACAAACACAAAUACACCUGCUCUGCCACACACCUCAGUCUGGACAACAAACUGAUCAUUGAUUUAGAAGAUGAACCUUCCAGACUUCACAUAGGAGUUGCUGUCGUGAUGUUGGUAUGUGCGAUAUCUGUGAUUUUGGCAGUUGUUUGGAUGAGAAGGCAAGCAGGACGACUAAGGCUAUGUCCACACUAGUGCGUUUUUGUUUUAACACUGCAUUUUAAAAUGAAAAUUAUCCUUGUCCAUGCUGGCGUUUCCACUGCGUUUCAGAAAAGAGCUCUCUCCACACUACACGACGCUUCAGUAUUAUAAAAUGCAGAGUAAACUGCACAAUAGCUGCUAAAAAGGACAACAAAGUCAGCAAAGCCAUCUCCAUGUUAUUAUUUACACAGUCAGUAGCAUAAUGGUAGGGGCAUAACAAUAUGAUAGGGGCUUGAUGAAUCAGGGAAGGAUACGCAAUGAUCCAGAAGACCCAAUCAGGGAGUGAAUGUGGGCAGCCACGUCUUCGUUUUCAGAAGUCUCCGUUUUGGUGCAUCUACACUGAAAAUGCAGUAGUGUAAACGUAGCCUAAGUGGUAGUCCUAACUUCGGCAUACUGCAAUGCUUCGAUGUUCUUGGGAUUUGUCAUUGUUGCCGUUAGUUACAUGAAAACCAAAAUGUCUAAUAUGCGUCAGGAGGAUUCUUCUUGUUCUGGCUAAUCUGCUUUCUCUCAAAUUGUCUUAUUAUUUUAUUUUAUUCAAGUAUGCCGAUACAAUUACAAUACAAUUACGAUACAAUAACAUUUUUUAUACCCCUAUAUCUUAUAUACACAUUACAAAUGAAUGUAAAUGCAGUAGGCCUAGUUGUACAACUGUAAAAUCUGUUGUCUUGUGGGGUGAAUUCAUGUAAGCUGAGCCACAUUUAGCACAAUUUACCUUGCUUCACUUUAUAUAUUUUUUGUGUAGUCUAUUCUUUUUUUUUUUUAAGUAUACUAUGUCUGCACUAUAGUUUUCUUAACCAUUAAUCUAUAUAAAUAAUUUCAGUGCUAUUAACCUCUUAAUCAUUUAAUAUGACUGAAUAAACCGCAGGAUGCACAUGAGUGGUCUAUAUAUUAAAUCAUAUUUAUGUCAUUUUACAUAUUCAUCUUGUUUGCUUUGGAUUGGAAAUAACCUUUGAGAAUCUGACUACAUUUCAUUUUUGACUGUCAUAACAUUUUAUCUUUUUGUAACUUAUGUUCUUUUAUUUGAAUUUUUGAUUUUGACUGGUAUUUUGUUUUUAUGAAUUUUUAUAUUCAAUAAUUACUGUCCUAAAACAAAAUCUGUUACGCAUUAUGACUUUAUCAGAGGUGUAAAGUAUUUGAGUAAAUGUGAUUAGUUACUGUACUUUUACUCUUGACUACAUUGACUACAUUUCUGAAUAAGUAUAUGUACUCUUUACUUCACCUCACAUUACAUUUUGCAUGGCACCUAACUUUUUCUGCAGCAGUUCAUUUCUGCUAUAAAAGAAGCAAAUGCCAUCUACAGGGUACUGCAAGUCCUACAUCUUGUGUGAUUUGCUCUUACUCACCCGAACUAAUUUACGUGAAUGCGAGUGCAUUAGCAAGUAGUUGUGAAUCUGUAGUGUUUUAUAUAUGAGAUGAGGACAUGACUGGAGCCGCCAAUGAGACUGAAACCAGCACUUCCAGUGCAAGAAGGCUUUGACUUUUAAUUUUACUUAACAUUAUUUUAUAUAUCUGUUAUAUUGAAGAGAUCUUUUUGAGCACUUGAGCUUUACUAACACUUGAUUGUCUAUAGACGUUUAAAAGGUUGUUGUGUCGACCUUGAUUUAUUGCAAUUUUGACGUGUUCAGUUUUAUUUUGAUUAUAGAAAAUAAAUAUGAUUGCUCUUCUCACAAA